AUCCAGUCGCUGGCGAGUCUUCUUGCAGAACGAUGAGACGCAGGAGGAGGGUGUGCAACGAUCUGUUGCGCGUGCAGAAGGCUUGAAAGAGCUGGAAGGCUUCAAGGCCUACAAGACUGCGGAACGGCUUGGCAAAUUGUCAGAGGAGACAGGCGAGCUUGGCCAGUCUGUUGCG